AUGUCCUACUUCAAGACCGAAUACCAGCGGUUUCUGGAUAACCCCAGAACUGCUAAAUUGGCCGACGAUGUGUCCAUGAUCUAUGUUCCUACUACGACGAAGUUCGAGCAGGCCGACAAUGUGAUCACUCAUGUGUUGAAGAACGCAAAGGUGGUGAAGACCAAAUCGAACCAGAUCAUCAGCGCCAUUGAAGGAUCGGAUUCGCUAUGUCUCGACAUGGAAACAACCCUCGAAUUCACUGAGGGUGGCGGGGUUUAUCUCCCCUCGCUCGACGAUAAUUUCCUGGCCGACCGUGUUGCGACUUUCCCCACGAUUCACAUCGUCCACUUCGACGCCAACCAACUUAUCAAGCAGAUUCGAAUUUACUGGGAUCAGGCUUCAUUGCUGAAGCAUGUCGAGGUUAUUGGAGCGCGCGGACGCCAAUGGCCCAUCCGUGAUGGGAAAGACCAACUCCGUCUCCUCAAAAUCGCCGAAACAACGCGUUUGGCACCCUCGCAGUCUUCUCAAAAUGGAGAGACUAAGCUCCCCGACCGCUCCUCAUCCCCGGGCAAGCGCCGUAUCAAAGAUCCGUACUCAGCCAACUCCCUGACUGAGCUCAUCUCCCCGAACAAGGAGGUUGCUGAUGGCGAAAGCCGCCCUAAGUCAUCUAGACCCGCCCCAAGCAAGAGAUAUACCCAGGACCCCUAUGGAGCGGGCUCCUUGAAUGAGCUUCUGUCCCCAUCUAAGAAGGCACCCGCCCAUGUGGCUCCCUUUGCGCCCUCAUCUGCGCGACCUGCUACGCGCAACUUCAGCGAUAUCUUCCUGAAGGAUGAUGAUAUGCCCGACUCGCCUUCGAAGUCACGCAGAGCUCCCCGAGUUGAUGAAGAUGAAGAAACGGCUAGAACAGGGCCAGUCGACGAAGACCGUCAUUUCUAUAAAUCGGUCCCCGGAAAAUACAACCACUUUGAGAUUGGCGGCGAAGAAGAGGCUAGAGCAGGGCCCGUCGACGAAGACCGUCAUUUCUAUAAAUCUAUCCCCGGUAAAUACAACCACUUCGAGAUUGGCGGCGACAACUCGAACCGCGAGGUCAAGGCAGAAGUCAAACAAGCCAAGACCCCCCACUCAACCCACUGGGACUUCGACGACAUCGAGACCCCUGUCAAGGGCUCGCGCGCCCCUCGUGGAGAAGAAGUACGCCACUUUGGCUUCGGCGAUAACGAGGAAGGCACCGGAUCACCGCAAGCAAAGCCCAAUGCGACCAAGCCCCGUCGUGACGCAGACCGCCACUUUGAGAUGACCGAUGAAGAAUCUGAGGACGACGGCCGGAUCAUCAGCUCAUUUGGAGGCCGUGGCAAGCGCCUCUACGAGAACCGCCUCUUCGAUGACAACGGCCAGCCCGAGCUUUCCGAGCGCGAGAAGAAGAGCGAGCCCCUGGCAACAGGCGGUAACGUCGUCAGCCGUAACAAGAACUUUGUUUCGCAAUUUGAACUGGCCGACAAAUCGCCCGCCGCCAAGGAGAACAAGCCUACCCAGAAUCACGACCAGCACAAUAAGAUGAUGGAGUCCCAUUGGGAUAACUAUGACGAGCAGUCACCUCUGCCCACCCAAAAGCACGAAAAGCACAAUAAGGCAAUGGAGGCACACUGGCACAGCUACGACGAGGCAUCUCCUCCCCACCCUACCCAGAACCACAACAAGCACAAUAAGAUGAUGGAGUCACACUGGGAUAACUAUGACGAAGCGUCCCCGGAGCCGAUUAGGAGGAAUGCCACCGCACAGCGCAACCCUCUCGGCCACAACCAGCCCAGCUGGAAUCAUGGAGACAACUGA